CAGUUGUGAAAAGAACAGUCCCAGAUGUAUGUGCAACUUGCCACGUUCAUGCUACAUGUCAUCAAAUUGAAGGAAAAAGUGUCUGCAUCUGUAACUAUGGAUUUGUAGGCAAUGGAAGAACUCAUUGUCAAGAUAAAGAUGAAUGUCAGAUUGGAGCCAGCAAGAUCUGUGGAAAUCAUACACUGUGUCAUAAUACACAUGGGAGUUUUUACUGUGUUUGCCUUGAUGGAUACCGAGCCUCCAACAAUAACAAGACGUUUAUUCCCAAUGAUGGCACAAACUGUACAGAUAUUGAUGAAUGUGAGGAGUCUGGGCUGUGUGGUCACAAUGCAAGAUGCAUGAAUACUGAAGGAAGCUACAAGUGUUACUGCAGUGAUGGUUAUAAAUUGGAAAAUGAAGAACGUUCUUUUCAUCCAGACGGGAACAUAGUGUCAUGCAAAGAAAUCGGAUGUGGUUCUCCUCCUGAAAUGAAGCAUGGCUACAUUGUGGGGAACUACAGCUUGCUACCUGGAAGUGCGGUUCAUUAUGAAUGUAAAGAAGGGUUUUACAGCAACGAGGGAAAGUUCUCGUAUUGCACUGCAAAUGAAACUUGGGAACCUGCUACUUUAAGCUGUAAAGGUGUGGAUUGUGGAGUUCCACCUUCUGUUUUAAAUGCACAUCCAGCAUCUGAAAGUGGGAACACAUAUGGAAGUGAAGUUACUUACAGUUGUGCUCUUGGUUCCUUUAUUGCAAGUGGCAAUCAGACUACAGUCUGCAAUGCCAAAGGACAGUGGCAUGGUGCUGAUUUGGUGUGCAAAGAGAUAGACUGUGGCAAACCUUUGCUGAUUCCACACGCGGAAAUUAUCUGGAACAACUCAACCACUCUACGGAGCAGAGUGUACUAUCAGUGUGAAGAAGGAUAUUAUUUUAGCGGAGACAGGAAUUUUUCAGAAUGCACAAUAUAUCGGUCAUGGGAGAAUAUGACAUACAUAUGCAGAGAGGAGCAGUUACUCAGUAAUGUGUCCAUAUUCAAUGAAACGUGUGUGAAGUGGCAAAGGAAAACUGGAAGACUGGGAGUGCAGGAAACCUACACGUUUCAUAUACUGGGCCAAAGAUGGGAUGAGAAGACCUUUUCAGAAGAUAUGAGAUUUAACAUCACUACAAGUGAAGAUAAUCCCAAGGUGUGUUUAGAUCUCAACUCUGGCAGUGACUACGUGGUGAAUAUUACUACCAUCUCUUCCACAAACAUCGCUGUCUCAGUUACAGUGGCAGUUCAAACAAAGGUAAAGGAAGCUUUCAGUGAUGUAUUAAUUUUUAAUGAUACCUGCUUGAAAUGGCGGAGAAAUGUCAGGGGAACUGAUGUGGAAGACAGAUACUCAUUUCAUGUGCAAGGCCAGCGUUGGUAUCAGAUGGAGUUCUUUCAUGAAAUGACCUUCAGCCUUACUACACACAAGCAGGCUCCAGAAGUUUGUUUUGAUUUGCAGCCAGGCACCAAUUACUCUAUUAAUAUUUCCAUGGUAGCUUUGAAUUUUUCACUACUCGUUUCCAUGUCAACACAAAUCACAGAUCCCCCUUUCCCAGAUGUAGGAUUUGUUGCAGUAAAAGGUUCUGCACCACUGCUCAGACUCCGCAAAGUAGAAGAUCAGAAUGGACCGAUCAGUCUUUAUCAAGUGAUUGUGCUUCCUCUGGGUUUGCAAAACACUUUUAUUUGUGACUCCUUUGCUGCUUCAACUUUCUUCAGUAACACCACUGACACUAAAGGAUACGUGGCAGCUGAAUUUAGGGCGAAGGAUGUUGCUGAUAACAUGUCAAUUGCUCUUGGAGACAGACAUUACUACGGGAAGUUUUAUAAUGCCCCUUUAAAGCUGGGAGAGGAGUACUGUGUUUUUUUGAGAAUAAUAAGUGAAUGGAAUAAGGUGAGAACACAGUCCUGUGCUGUUUGGGCACAAAUUAAAAAUUUAUCACCCACUCCACAAUACAUGACUGUCAUUGGAUUAGGGUCGGUUGCUGCUGUCUGCCUUAUACUGUUUCUGUCAUUCUCAGUCACACGCUCUUACCUGCACAGCACAGUGCACUCCCCACCUGCUGCUUUAGUCUGCAAGGUUGUACAUUUAUCUGCUACAAUGGACAUGGCACAAACAGGGAUUGGAUUAUCAUUCCUAGAGGCUGAAAAUGUUUCUCUUCUCUGA